AAUAGCAUAACUAAAUUUAAUCCAUUCCUGUGAUCUUUAUCUAAUCUAUCUAUCUAUAUCCUUUUCUUUCACCCCAAAAUCACUCUCCGCAAGGAACAAAACACAACAAUACAUGGAGAAAAUGGAGGAUGAAUCUCCCAGGAAUAGAGUCAAAUUCCUUUGCAGUUAUGGCGGAAAGGUUCUUCCUAGGCCCUCCGAUGGAGUCCUUAAGUAUGUAGGCGGCGAGACUCGCGUCAUUUGUAUUCCCCGCGACGCCACUUUCGCAGAUAUGAUGAAGAAGGUGAGUGGCGUGGUUGAUGGCGAGGUGGUGUUGAAGUACCAGGUGAUUCCUGAAGAACUUGAUACAUUGGUGUCUGUUAGAACAGAAGAUGACUUGAAGCACAUGAUUACGGAACUUGAUCGGCACGAGAGUAGUGGAUCAUCAUUGCUUCGCACAUUUCUGUUUCCUUUGAAGCCAUUGAUAGUUGACAACCAGAGUCAGAUGCAAAUGCAACAAGCAGCACCACAUUCACUUCCUGUUGAACCAUAUUUCUUAGAACAGCGUUACCUUGAUGCCAUCAACGGAAUCAUACGCCCAAGCCCCGGCUCUAAAUAUGCGGCUUGCUCUACGUGUUCUUCGCCAAAAUCAACCUCUCCAGAUGGAUGUACUAGCGGGGAAUCACCGUUCCACUACCAAGGUAUGCAGCAGUUACAGAAGGGUAUGGUUUCAAUGCAGAGAGUGAGAAGCUCUCCAAGUUUAUCCAGCCUUACAAACAGCUACAAUAAUACACAACAGUUACAGCAGCAGCAGCAGCAACCGCAUAAUCACGGUAUUAGUAGAAGUAGGAGUAGUCAUUAUCAAUACCAGCAACUCUCUCUUGUUGGUGGACUUAGACCAAUACAUGAAGUAGGGAUUGGAAUGGGAAUGGGAAUGGGAAGGAUAUCUCCAUCUCAGAUGAGUAUGAAUAUGAUGACAGAUAAUAUGAGUAGUAGCAGUAGUAGGGGUAUGAAUUACUAUUACUCUAAUGCAAACAGACCCCAUAAAGGUUAUGCAUACCAUGAUGAUUCAGUUGGUCAUGUUAUUCCAUCAGUCCCCCGGAGUCCCAGAACGUAUUUAGGUGAAUGACUAUCACUUCAUUCCUCUCCUCCUCUUUCCUCAACUACAUUCUUUCAUCCAUUUGUAUAUAUGUACAUUAGAACCGAACUGUUGUAAAUCAGUAAUUGUAGUUUUUCGUUUUAUUUGGUUCCAUUCUAAGGAACUAACAAAUUCAUAGAUUAGAUUGUCUA